ACAUUGGUUUUAGUGAAAUGAAUGGCUCAAUACCAAGUCAAUUGUUUGGUCUUAGUAACUUGAAAUCUUUGAACCUAUGUAGUAAUCGAUUUCAAGGUCCUCUACCAAAUGGCCGUUGGAACAUGACUUCUCUUGAAUUCUUAGAUGUUUCUCAAAACUCCUUGAAUUCUCACAUACCAUAUUCAGUUUACCAUUGCACAAAUCUAAAAUUUCUUGAUAUGCAUUCUAACAAAUUUCAAGGAAUCAUUUCCAAAUCCAUUUCCAACUUGACUUCUCUGUCUUACCUUGACAUAUCUUACAAUAUGUUUACGGGAGAGAUACCAAAGGAAAUUGGGAAACUCAAAAAGUUAACCGGUAUUCAUUUUUCACAAAACAUGUUCUAUGGCCAUCUUCCUGAGAGUAUAGGGUUUUUAUCUUCAUUGAAAGAAUUGGGUUUUCUUAAUAACAUGUUGGAAGGAAUAGUGACGGAAAGUCACUUUGUCAAUCUCACAAAAUUAAAAUUUUUAGUUGCAUAUGGAAAUAGAUUAACCUUGAAUGUCAGUCCAAAUUGGAUACCUCCCUUCCAACUUGAUGAGCUUGAAUUAACUGGUUGGAAUUUAGGUCCUGGAUUUCCUGCUUGUCUACAAUCUCAAAAUCACAUUUCUCUUCUGGCAAUACCUAAUGCUCAAAUAGAGGAUGAGAUUCCAACUUGGUUUUGGAAUUUUUCUUCCAGUUUGGAAACAAUUGAUGUUUCACACAACCAAUUGCGAGGUGAUGUUCGAAAUACCUUAUUUCGAUUACCUAAAGAUAACGCACAAUUACGUGUGUACUUGGGCUCUAACCAGUUUAGUGGACCCUUACCUCGUCUCCCUGUCAACAUGGUUGAGUUAGACCUAUCAAAUAAUUUCUUCUCUAGAGAUGUCUCUUCCUUUUUAUGCCAUGCACAAAAUGUAUCAUAUGAACUUCAAAUACUCCUUUUGGGAGGAAAUGAGUUAUCUGGAGAAAUUCCUGAUUGUUGGAUGCAUUGGCCAAAUUUAGAAGUCAUAAAUGUGAAGGAAAACCAACUGAUUGGAAGCAUGCCAAAUUCCACUAGGCUUUUGAACAUGUUGAGAUCUUUGGACGCACAUAAGAACAUGUUUUCUGGAGAUUUUCCUCCAUCAUUGCAGAAGUGUACCAUUUUGUUGAAACUUGAUUUGAGUGAAAAUGUAUUCACCGGGAAGAUCCCAACAUGGCUAGGGACUAGUUUAUCAUAUUUGGCAAUCCUUAGGCUCCGAUCAAACCAUUUUUUUGGUGAAUUGCCUCCAAAUAUUUGUCAUCUCUCAUUUCUUCACUUGCUUGACCUUGCUGAUAAUAACUUCUUUGGUGGUAUACCUAUGUGCUUUCGUAAUCUCAGUUCAAUGAUCAACAAUAUUGACUACAACGAGAAUGAAAAGAUGCCUUCUUCAAUUGUUUUUGAGAUUUAUCAUGAAAGUGCUUUAGUGACAACAAAAGGACAAUAGUACAACUAUGAUAUCACCACUCUAGUGUUGUUUGCUUGCUUGGAUCUUUCAAGUAAUAAUUUUUCAGGAGAAAUUCCAACUGAAUUGACCAAUCUUGUGAGAUUGAGGUCGUUGAAUUUAUCAAGAAACAACUUGAGAGGAAAUAUCCCUAAGGAAAUGGGAAACAUGAAGCUGUUGGAAUCGCUUGAUCUUUCUAAAAAUAAGCUUUCAGAUACCUUCGGGGACUCAGCUUCAAGGCUUUAAUGCUUCGUGUUACAUUGGCAACAACCUUUGCGGACUUCCACUCCCAAAGAAUUGUAGUGUUGAUGGUGGUCAAAUUUCUAAGCAUGAAAAUAAAGGAGAUGAUGAUUCUGAAGUGGACUGGUUUUAUGUUAGCAUGGCUAUAGGAUUUGCAGUGGGCUUUUGGGUGACCUGUGGAUCUUUACUUCUUGUGAAGUCUUGGAGGAUUGCAUAUUUUCAGUUUUUAGAUAAUAAGUUUAACUCCAUUUUGGUAUGGGCGCGUGUUUCAUAUGUUUAAUGUUCUAGUAUUGUCUCAUGUUUAAUACGGAGUAUUUUGAUUAAAAAAAAAAAAGUUUCUUUGUAUUAGUAUAAUAUGUGAAUGUAAUGCAUUAUAUUCACUUGGGAUGUAAUGGAUAUUUAAGCUAUAAUUGUGGAGUUAUUUUGAAAAA